UAUUUUCCAGUUUAAAUGAAUCUAAUUCGGGACUGCAGGUAUCACUGCAAAUUGGCCUCACUUCUCCUGGCUAUUUCCUCCUCUUUUAUCAUUUUAUUUAUUUUAACCCGAAUCCUGGAUUCCAGCAUUUUUGUUAUGUAUGGCUUUUGUCAGAACACGUUUAUAGUGUUAGUGCUGGCGAGAGCACUAUGUUCAGCUCUCAGCUGAACAGACAGAAUGACUCCCCUUCUUGUAAACUGUAUUUAGGUGUCAGACAGGUUUGGGGAGGGAGUUGGGGGGGAGGGGCAGGUCUUUCUUUGGGCCUCUCCAUCUGCCUCUGCUUUUUGCUUCACCAGCGUGAGGCUCCACCCCCGCCCGUCCUCUCUUACAGUCAUUCACUCACUCACACUCACCCCCCCGACUCAUGCUAGCCCUCUGUUUAGCAGGUAGCUCCCUGCUCAUGCCCUGUCUGCACUGGUGCUGCUGCUACUGCUGCGCAAGGCUGCAUGUAACACUGCACCUGGGCUGUGUGUCUGCGUCCACGCGCUCGCUUCUGUGCCCGCCGCCCCGCCCCCACCCUCCCUCCUCAUUACUCAAGGCUGCUGUUUCCCCUUUGCCUGUUGCCCCAAACCCAUCGUCCACAUCCGUUUGAGUGUAGAUGAUGCUCAGCUUUCCUCAUUUCAGACCCUUUUCCCAGCUCUGAACCUUUACUUUCAAUGGUUGCCUCUUUUCAGUAAAUCGGAGCAACAUGCUCAUUACACAGUCAGAUGGAAGUGUUCACGUCAACCUUUUCCCUUGACUUACAGGCCAUUUGUUAUCAAACCAGUUAAACCUAGUUAUACAGAUCGAAAAAAAAGAAAGAAAUCCCACUAAAACAGGGGGAAUACCUAGGCUGGGCGUGAAUUUGAGGAAUGGAGUCUAGUGUGGAAGAGGGGUCCGUGUAAUCUCUCUGGGCGUGUUUGUAUAUGAACACUGCCUUGUAUGCACAGCAGAGCAGACUGAUGUUCUGCUCACUAGGCCCCCAUUAGUGAAAGAAAACUGCUCCGUUGUCAUGGAACUGGCUCUCGUUGCCCGUGGUGACGGUGGGCCUGGCACGACACCCUGUGGGGCCUUUACAAGUCAGGGCUGCACACACGGUGCCUCCCCCCCGCCCCCCCCUACAGCAGACUCCAGACUCCACGCCCCACUUUUACAGGGCCAGCUGCUGUCAGGCUGAGGUGCCAGGAGGAAUCAGACUUUUAGUUUUUCCAGGCAAGGUUUGCUGCAUGAGCAGUGAAUGUGUAUUUCUCUGUUUAUGUUUGCAAGUAACAUUGCAUUUUGAUCAUUAUAUAAUCAAGAAAACGCCUCAACAAUGACGCAAGAGGUUCAAAACGAUGAUUUUAAAUGUUAUUUUUGCCCUUAGAGAAAGCUGAUGUGUAUAUUUUGGUUGUGCUUAACCAUUUUAACUGAUUUGCUGUCAUGUUUUAGGAAUGACCCAACAUGCUCAAAGUGAAAGUUAAUGUUUUUUUUGUUGCUAGGAUGCUAGUCCUUUUGCUGUUAAUGGGCUUGACUUACAUUUCUAGCUCUGACCCUCAGAAACAGGCCCUGUGAUAGGUUGCCUGACAGUGCCUGUCUUAUCGGUAAUUAAAUAUAGUCCAAGGGACAGUUAUCUCAUCAAAUUUCACCCAGGGUACCAUAUAGGUCAAUUUAACUUCCUGUAAUAAAUGUCUUUUUAUAUGUUAUUUAUCAAUUCUUUAAAAAAUAUAUUGUUAUUGAAUGAUGCUUUGCCACUGCAGUUUGACAUGGUGCUAUGGAACACACUGUCAUAAGCAAUGGCCUGCCUGGAGGCUGCAAAUGGGUACACUAGACAGUCUGGCACAGGAUGUGAGGUCAUUACAAAAAACAGUCUGUGUAACCUUCUUAAACAAGAGGGGAUAACCAUCUCCAUUCAUCUUCACCUUUGUUAUUAGCUAAAACAAGACAGUGAUUUACUCACAAACUCUUGUCUUUUUAAUGCUAAUCACCUUUUUCUUCAGCAAUUAAGCAGAUUCUUGCAGUUCUUAUCUGAUCAAGUGAUCGGUAGGACUCAUCGGUCUAUAAGAUAGGUAAUGUAACUGUUAUAAUCUAGAUGCAACUUAUGUUGCAAUACUUGUAGUACUGAGCUAACUUGACUGUUUCCGUAAACUGUGUGUAAAAUAUUUUUUAGAUUAGCAAGCACUUGUGUUCUUUCUCAGUCACUGGAACUAUAUAUAGGACAGGGCAGGGUUUAGGCCACCCCACAUCUAGUACCAGUCUGUCUUUAUACAUCCAGAUGUCUUCUGUAUCCUGCUGGUGGGCCUUAUUUUCACUGUCAGGGCUUUAAGGCAGACAGUGCUCCAUUUCAGUGGGAUCAGGUUCAGAGGUGAGGCACCAUCCUCAGGUGCGAGCAAGUGCUCAUGGACACGUGAAUCUGGAGUCUGACAGUGCCAAAAGAAGCUGUCACACCCCAAAUAUUGAAGCUUCCAGUUGAAUAAAAUGAGAACAUUCUUAAUGGAUACAUUAAUUUAUAUGAAUCCUAUUUCACAGUGGAGGCUUAUCCGAUGGUGCAGUCUUUCAUUUUUGUUGAAGACAAAAUCCGAAAAGCCAUGGAUCGCUGAGCGCCAGUUGGUUUGUUCUGUGGGAGGCCAGUCUCAUGCAACCUGGUUACUAUUGCUCUCAUCUGCCUGAGUGCAUGCAAUGAUCCCGCAGGUUACAAUGAUAACUGUUUUUUUUUUUAAAGAAGCAGAAUACUCGCAGCCCAUGGUUAAAUGCAAAGUGGAACAAUGGUUUGCAGCCACCGUGAGCUUUUUAUCCUUUAUUAUAUUUGCUUAGAUCUUAUGCGAAGAAGCUGUUUGUGGGUUUGGUAUUUAGGUCUGUCCUUCAUUGCAUUUUAAGCUCUUACUUGCCACGUCUGUCAAACACUAAUUUGUGCUGGGCAUCCCUUCUGCUCCCUCUAACACAUGCCAUAAAUAGAUGAAUACAGCGCAGUCUGUUCUGCCUUGAAAGGGGAAUGAAGGUCCCAUUGUUUCCAGCACAGAGCUUAUGUUUGGUCUGUUACUAGUGACUCUUCACUGAAACAAACAAACCGAUUAAUAUUAUCGCUGUCAAGCUUCACAGGGGGCACACAAGGAGAAUUAGAGACUGAACAGCAAGUGUCAUUUGGGAGCCCCCAAAACCUACAAUUUCUGAGCAGAGAGUUGACCUUCUUAUCGGUUUGUAUUUAAGUUGCAGUUUGUUCCUGUUACCUACCUUAAGCUUCAUCACCAGCAUAAGCAUCCAUACCAGACUGUGAUCAUGCAGGUGCACAGCACCGUGGCUUGCAAUGCAAAACAGUCAGAUGACAAUCGGUGAUUAAUUAAAAAUAAUUUAGAUAUAAAUGUCAUGGUAGUGAAAUAAAUUUGGAACAUCUAACAAGUUGCCUGUGUGUUUAUAUAACUUCAGCUCCUGGCUUUGGUGUAAUUAGGGAUACGUUUACAUCCGGUUUAAAUUUGGCUGCAGACAAUCAAUCAGGUGUGUCCCUUAAGAAAUCCACUUAUUUUACUAUUAAUGGAUGAAAGUAAUGAAUGCCUAAACACUUUAAGGGUGCAGAGGGAGGACCUGAAAUGGCACUUGCUCAAUGUGUAAAUGCUAGGCUUCACUUCUCAGUCAGACACCUUUCUCCGGCAUCACAUUGGACUUCCUGAUUUAGUUGCUCAAGCCUCAAAUAGAUCUGUGAUCUUGCUGCUACUUAGGAGACUAUAUUUUCACUGUUCAAUGCUCAAACAGCACGACAUGAAGUUACCAAGGGAAGGCGAAAAAUGUUAAAAAUCAAGAUGGAGAUUUAAAGGAAAGGCAGUCUUCAGUAUCUCGCAACCUGAAUUUAUAUUCUUUUCACUGCCUGUUCUUUCACGCUCUCCUUUGUCCUAUUCUGCCUCGCUCAGCUCAUACUGUUUCUUGCAAUGACGGUAGUAGGGAGGGUAAUUCAUAUCGAAUCUCUAACUCAGACAAAGCGGUUGGAUUAGAAUAAGCACAUUUUGCUGAGCCGAACGUGUUCAACAAAGCUUUCUUUUCCCCACUGCCAGAGCAGAAGCGAGCUCACUGGCACAGAUAUGUUCUCCUGGACUUCCCCACUGCCUUUUUUAAGCCAACAGCAAGACCCAGCUGUCAUUCGCUGGUUUUAUUCAGUGCAUUUAUGGUGUUAAAAACCCCCAAUGCGUUAUGGAUUGAAGCAUUGGUUACAGAGCUCAUCUAUUCCAUAAGCUGAAGCCUUUGUUUUUGACCAGGACAUUGGCCUGAUGUGGAGUCAGCUGGGCCACAUGGACCUCUACCAGCAUGGCCACUUAUCAUUUUUGACACACAGACACACACACACACUACAUUCUAUCUUCUGCACCUCUAUUUCACUUCAUGUGACAUCAUGGAAUGGGUUAUAGAAUGUAAAACCAGUUGAGCCUUAGAGGUUUGGCUGGAUCUGACAGAGCUUGGUUGGACAGUUUCAUCUGAAGAGUGAUGGACUCCCCUUUCUGGACAACUGUCCUCAGUCUGUUUGAGUGAGUGAGAGUCAGUGGAUGGUUGUUGACAAAAUCCUCCAAAUGUUCUAAUGUAAGAAAAUGGACAGUCAGAUAGGGUCCUCAUAGUGGCUGCAAAUCAUACAGUAGGUUUGGUUUAGAGCUUUAAAAUGAGUCAUCUUUGCAUGGAAAACAUACUCUUUGCCCUUUAAAUAAAAGCGUUUGAUUUGAUUGGCCUUUAAAGUUUGUUUGCUUUUUUGUGUUUGUUUGUUUUAAGCUAAUCCCCAGGUCUUUUUGUUCUUUUUCUGAACUGCCAUUUUAGUUUUUAUGGUUUGUGACCGUGGGAAAUGAAUGUGUGAAAAUGGAACUGGAAGCUGAAUGUUAUGUGGCAGGUUAGGAGUUAUCUGUUGGGUCAUUGUGGGCUGUGGUAGGCGGGUAAUGUCUGUGCUGAGAAUAGGAUGGCACACAGCUGCUGCCGUGGCAAAUGAAUGCCACUUUUGUUGGCACCCAGCGGCCCAGUAUGGGAGGACACAGCUGUGUCUUUGCGGUCCCCCAUCACCAUUUGUUUGCCUCCAGAGUGGAGGCAGUGUCCUUAGAGCUCGAGUCAGAGCUGGAAAGUUCUCUUGCCAAAUCCCCCACUUAAAAGGAUUUUUUUAAAAGCCUUGGCGGGGUUCACUGUGCCUUUAAGAAACACUUUAUUUUUGUGCCCCUAUGCUUGUGUUUGUUGUUUGUUGUGUGUGUGUAUGGACAUUGUCGUGAGAAACAAACCCAUUACUCUGUCGGCACUUUGAUCUCUGUGGUCUUCAGAUUUCAGGGUCAUUCUACUUUUGCUCAUGCUACUCUACGCCUCUAGUAUUGUACGUAGAAAUAACAAAUACAGCUUGCUCUCUUAACUUUCAGUAACUCAGUUCACUCACAUUGUAAUUCUAUAUUUUUGUGUGUGUCUUGUAACGGGCACCUUAAAGGUACAGUUUCUCCAUGUGCUUUGGGCCUCUAAAUUUCCUUUGUGGUGUCAUGGUGAUUAAUGUAUGAUGAUUUAAUAACGUAACGCAAAGUGCCGCACAAUUUGAAAGCAUUCUUGUGCAUCAGAGCAAGGCCUUUUCACUCUGUUGUCUUUUCAUCAGUCACCUUCCCUAUGCUGUCUUUCCACAUUUUAAAUAUGUUAGUUUUAAGCUACUCUAUCGUCAAAAUUUGUAUUUUUGUCUCAGACGUUCCUUAUCUUUCUGGGUUGUUUUUUUUUUCUUUUCUUCCUUUCUGUGAUUUCACUCUUGUUAUAGCCCUGACAACUGAGGCAUAUUAUGUUACACAUGGAAAGGGUAUCAUUGUGAACUUUAACCUGUGGAAUCAGUGAGACCCAUAGGAAAGUAUGUGGUACCAUUCCAUUGCUAGCAUUCAUUAGGAUUCUACACUGAUGCCGCAGAAAGGCUGAUAGCCUCAAUGCUAGAUAAGACUGUGUGGCUCUCUAAAUUUGUCUGGAAAAUCCAAUAUCGGAGGGGGGGGGGGGGGGGGGGGACAAAAGAAAGGCUGGAUAUGUCUGAUCUGAACUGGUGCCAUGCUCUGGAGUAAUUUAAUGAAAAAGAGAACAUUUAUAGGUAUAUGUUAAGAAAUGCUUUUAAGAAUAACAAUCUCUAGAAGCCAAUGUUUUAGUUGGCAGUGGGCCACAGACGUCUUGUUGGCAUCCUUCCCUUCAUGUUUGUUGGCAUUUUUGAGACUUUCCUAUCUAAAAAAUUGAUGGCCUAUGGGAAAAUGAAUGGUAUUUUCCUAAUUCCUUCAAAAUAAUGAAUGGCAUUUGGGUUUGUUUGCAUAUGUGCUUUUCACACAUUUUUUGUAAUCUAAAAAAAAAAUGGUCUAAUUUAAAAAAAAAAAAAAAAAUUGCUAACAGCUAAGUGGUUAGCAACCCAUUGCACAAUUUCAUCAUCACACACAGGGCUGUUUUUAGCUACCUUUCAUGUGCGUAAACUGUUGGCUGUUACCUGUUGGUGUAAUAAAUGCCACAUAUUUUUAUUUUGCAUAGUUCUCCUUCGAUCCAUAAAUCCAUAUAUGGGUAAAGUUAUUUUGUGUUCUGUCAGACUUCCAAGGCUCUUAGGGGAAAAUGACCUUAUCACAGAGGUUAUCAUGACCCAGAUGACUGGGUGAUGAAUGUGUCUCACUGAUAAGGUGUUGAUAGUGCGUAUAUAGUGCGCUUUGGCUGUACACAGAGGUUAUUUGUUUACAAACUGGAUGGCAGGUUAUCCCUCAACAUUUAUUAUAAUUGAUACGUAAUAGCUAGCUGCUAAUUAGCUGAUCAUACACCAUAUACUGUAGACAUAAUAUAAAUGAUUAUGCUGUGUUGUGCUCUCUUACAUUGCUGUCUGAUCAAACAACUUAUUUAAGCCUAUAUAAGUUAGCUAGCCAGUUAACUAUUGCAGCCUUGAAGUUUUAUUUUUUUAUUGGAAAACCAGUCUUGCCAUUAUCCCUUUGAACUUAGAUGUUCAACAUUUGUUGAUUUUAUUUUUAAGUUAAAGAUCUGUGUAUGUCACAUUUUAAUGGCACAAAGAUUACUUGUUUUUGAUCAAUGAAUCAUGCUUUCCCUUAUGUUCAUUGCUAGGUUGGCCAGCUUAUUUUCUGCAGUAGCAACGUCAAAGUUACAGGAGUCCACACUGCCUUGCUAUGCCUAGUUAAUGCGCACCGUGCUGUCCAUAUGAGAGAGGCUAUUUUUAAUCAGACAGAAAGCCAGUACAGUCUCAUUUAUGCCAGUUCAGACAGCACAAUGCUAGAUCUAAAUCACGUUGUGUGAAACUCUGAAACAAAACUGUAUUGGACGCGUUUUCAGUUUGUCAUUAAGUGUGGCAUAAAUUGGCACCAAGACAUCAUGCACAGAAUCCCUAUUCAAUUUUGAUAGGCAUGUUUAUCACUGCUUCUCAUGCUCCAUCAUAACUGCAUCUGUUUCCCCUUUAAUCACCUCUACAGGAUUAGAAAAUAAUGAAACAUUUGGAAUGGGAAACUUCCAGUAUGUUGGAAAGACUUAAGAGACUUCUUUAGUUUUCAGUAUAUAAAGUGUAUUGCAUUGGCCUGAGGUAAAAAUUCAGUAAUUCCAAGGUGACCUUGGUGAGGUCUUUCCAUUAAAGAAACGUCUCCACUGGGUGUAAUGGAGCAGAAAUAUGCCUCAUUCACCUCGGUACCCACAGUCUCCCUCAUUAGGGGACAGUACUUCAGCAGGUGGGCUUCCAAUGCUCAUUUCAGCUUUGACUAAUACUGCUCUUAUGCUGCUACUUACCACUGCUUGCAAGGCCUGGCGUAGUUUGGUCAGUGUGCCUGUGUGCGUGCCAGGGUGCUCCAAUCCGGUGUUGUCAGAGGGGUCAAGUCUUGGCCACGGCACUGCAGUGCCUGUCAAAGAUGAGGGAAAGUAUAAGUGCUUUGCUACAUUCUUAAUAUGUGGAGGCCCUCAAUGCAUAAAACGUUCCCAGCACUCAUUAAAAAUGUUUUAGAAAGGUGUAAUAAUGAAGCACCCUAUCUACGUUGAGUAUGCGUAGGUUUUAUUCUGAGCAGCUUUUAACUACAUUUAUAAGCCCCUCACUCUGAUGUAUUAAGUUCCCCAUCCUCCAUCCUCCAUCCUACAUUCAACACCUUUAAUGCUGGAAGACAGCACGAUACCGCCUUGUGUCUUGACCUUCAUUCAGCACUUGAUGCCUCUGGGAAUGCUUUCAAAAUGUAGUCACCCUUUGCAGCCUCCGCGGGUCUUCCAGAAAGCUUUAGCCAAACCAGGUCAGGCGAGGUAGGGAGCAGGACUGGCAGCUUUUGCAUUUGAGUUCCAUUUUCACUAAAGUAGCUUUGUUCUCUUUUAAUUUUGACCAAAAAAAAAAAAAAAGAUAAUUUCAUGAAUGACCAGCUUUUGUUGCUCAUUCACUGUCUCAUUUUUAUUCCAGGAAGUUCCCUCUGAAGCAGGGAGUGUCUGCAUAUAAAAUGGUCUGCAGUUCUCUGCUUCAUAGAUGCCAGCUCCACAUCCUCUUCUAUGCCCAUGGGAGGUCCUCGCUCUGCUUUUCCUGCCUCUUCCAGCCCCACCAUGCACUCCUCUACCUCAGUGACCGACCAGGCCUCUGCUCACAGCGGCUGCACUCCAGGUCCGGGGGUAAGUAGCCGAGGGGUGGCGGAGAUGCUGGUCCUGGAGGGCCAGCUGUCGGUAGCCGAAGCUGGCACCAGCAGCAGCGGUGGCAGCGUCCGGGCUGGAGGCAACGGGGGUGGGGCAGGGGCUCAGCCGCCCCAGCAGCAGCAGCAGCAGCAGCAGCAGCAGCAGCACCAGACGACCCCCUCCAAGCGCCGGACGGUCCUCAACAUCUCGCCGCCCCCGGAGGACCUGCUGGACGACAGCCGCAUGUCGUGCCAGGAGGACCCCCUCCAGGACUCGGAGCAGAGCAGCAGCAUCUGGAUGGACGACUCGACCUCCAACUUCAGCUUCAUGAGCUCCAGCUCCUACAACGACAACACCGAGGUGCCCCGCAAGUCGCGCAAGCGCACCCCGCGCCAGCGCCCGGGGCCCAAGCCCAUCUCCGCCCAGGACGCCAGCAUGGACGUGUUCGACGCCGACAGCGCCAAGGGGCCACACUUCGUCCUCUCCCAGCUGGGCCCGGACACCAAGAACUGUCCCAAAGGAAGCGGCUCCGAGAGCCCCCAGACGCCCAUCCAGAAGGGCGGCACCCUCUCCGGUCAGUUCCCCGUGAAGGCCGAGGGCAAGGAGCUGAAAAUCCUGGUCCAGCCCGAGACCCAGCACCGAGCCCGCUACCUGACCGAGGGCAGCCGGGGCUCGGUGAAGGACCGCACGCAGCAGAGCUUCCCCACCGUGAAGUUGGAGGGCUUCAAUGAGCCAGUGGUCCUGCAGGUGUUUGUAGGCAAUGACACAGGCCGAGUGAAGCCACACGGGUUCUACCAAGCCUGCAGGGUGACAGGCCGCAACACCACCGCGUGCAAGGAGGUGGACAUCGAAGGCACCACGGUCAUCGAAGUAUGCCUGGACCCCAGCAACAGCAUGACCCUAGCGGUGGACUGCGUGGGGGUCCUGAAGCUCCGCAACGCAGACGUGGAGGCUCGCAUCGGCGUGGUCGGCUCCAAAAAGAAGAGCACGCGGGCCAGGCUGGUGUUCCGGGUCAACAUCCCUCGCCCCGACGGCUCAGUUCUCACGUUACAGACACCCUCAUCCCCCAUCCUUUGCACCCAGCCUGCAGGAGCUCCAGAGAUCCUGAAGAAGAGCCUGCACACCUGCACAGUGAAGGGAGGCGAGGAGGUCUUCCUGAUCGGCAAGAACUUCCUCAAGGGAACCAAAGUCAUAUUCCAGGAGAAUUCAGCAGAUGAGAACUCCUGGAAGGCUGAGGCUGAGAUUGACAUGGAGUUGUUUCAUCAGAAUCAUUUGAUAGUGAAAGUCCCUCCGUAUCAGAACCAGGCCAUCUCAUCUCCCGUAUCUGUGGGGAUCUACGUGGUGACUAAUGCAGGGAGGUCCCACGACGUGCAGGCUUUCACAUAUACACCAGACCCAGCAGCGAAUGCGGUGGAUGUGCCUGUGAAGAAAGAGGCUCCAUCUCCGGCAAAUCCCUGCUCGUUUGAAGAUCAGAUAAAGGUGAUAAGUGGCGGCUGUAGCUUGGACAGUGCCUUGAUGGCCCCAUUGAUGCCUCUUAUCAAGAGGGAAGACGUCACCCCAAUGGAGGUUUCCAGUAAUACCUCUGCUGCCGGUGUCUUCAAGCAGACCUCAGAUGGCAUCGGGUCGGCCCAGCAGUCCCUGGCCAUGAGCUCUAGUGUCCCGCCUAACAGCAUGCCCUUCCCCAGCACGAUGCCUCUCCAGCCAGGGGAGCCAGAACAGCCGCAAGCUCCCGUCUUCACCAACGCCGAGUCCUUGAGCACCAUACAGAAGCAGGACAUCGCACCUAACACCUCCUUCUCUGUGCCUGGUGACUCCCUGCUCCAGCAGGUACCCCAGCAGUUCCUCAUGGAGCCUAGAGAAAGCCUGCCUCAGGAGAGGCCCGGAGGCAGCGCUGGGGUGGGGGUGGGCCUGGCUCCGAUGGUGGAGGCCCAGCAGCGGCAGGCCCAGCAGCUCCCAAUCUUCCCGCAGGAUGGGGUGGCCCAGCUGGAGAGGGCUGUGCGGGAGCUUCAGGCCGGGGGCUUCUCCAGCGCGGGCUCUGGAAACGACAGCCUGGUCCAGCAGGUCCUGGAGGCAGCCGCGCAACAGCAACUCAACUCGGUGCUGUACAGCACCACUGACGAGCUCAUGCAGCAGCAGGUCCAGGAGAACAUGAACAGCCUGCAGCUGCAGCCGACUGAGAGCUCCCUUGCCAAGCAGCAGCAGCAGCAGCAGCAGCAGCAGCAGCAGCAGCAGCAGCAGCAGCAGCAACAGCAACAGCAACAGCAACAACAACAACAACAGCAACAAGUUCUGGAGAACCUGCAGCAGCAGCUCCAGUCGGAGCUCUUCCAGCCUACGUUACCCAUGCAGUGCGGCCUCUUCCAGGGCGGCUCUCGAAGUGAGGCCCCCGAGAAGCAGGGCUCCCCACAGGCCAUGGUGCAGACCCACGCCUCCCUCUUUCAGCCGUCCGAAGGCCUGCUCUGCCCCGCCUCCCAGCAGCAGCCGCAGCAACAGCAGUCGCUCUUCCAGCAAGCGGGGGAGCUCCUCUCCAUACAGACCUCCAACUUCCUCCAGCAGCCUCCCUCUCACCCUUCCCCUCCCCAGCAGCUGUUCCACACCCCCAGCCCGAUGGGCGAGGCACAGGACUCGCAGGGGACCAUGUUCCACACUCAGAAGACCUCCGCCACACGGGAGCAGGUGCAGGCGGCCAUUUUCCAGAACACCCUGUCUGUGCUGACGGGCUCCACGCUGUCUCCCGAGCAGCAGUCCGGCGCCUCCGGGCUGUUCCUCUCUCCCAACACGCUGCCCGCUCAGCUCACCGUAGACAGCAGCCAGCAGCAGCAGCAGCAGCAGCAGCAGCAACAACAGCAACAACAACAACAACAACAACAGCAGCAGCAGCAGCAGCAGCAGUUGGCUUUCCUCACAUCCCUGCAGACUUCAGCCGCAGAGCCCCAGUCGGUAUUCCAGCCCCAACCCCAGCUGCAGCAGAGCACCCCUAUGGAGCAGCAGCAGUCAUCUCAGCCUCCACCACCUCAACAGCCACCGCAACCACAAGGCUCCCUGUUCCAGAGCCUCUCUUCCCACCCCACUGCCAGCACGCACACUCCGAGCCAGCAGCAGCAGCAGCAGCAGCAGCAGCAACAGCAGCAACAGCAGCAGCAGCAGCAGCAGCAGGCCAACCUACUGUUCUGCAGCAGUGCCAUGAACCCCCAGGAUCAGCCCCCCAGUAUUCUCUUCAGCAGCCAAGGCCAGAUGCCCCCCAUGAGCAGCGGCAGUCUUCCUUCCCAGACGCCCCAGAACCCCGCUCUCCUUUUCUCCCAGGCCACCGCGGUGGCGGUCACCCAGCAGGAGCAGUCGGAGCCCAUGUCCUUCCAGGACCAGAGUUCAGUGACGGGGAAUCCUCCGGCGAGCGAGCCCCCCCAGCAGGGCCUGUUCCAGGAUCAGCAGCCCAUGCAGCUCGCCCCCAGCUCCAGCAAUGCCCCCGAGCAGUCCGUCACCAUCUUCAUGACCCAGCCCAACAUUUCGGCCCUGCAGGGUGGCAUGGGCACCCAGGACCUCCCACAGUCCACCAUGUUUGCCACGCAGAAUGGGGUGGCUGGCCUACAGACCACGACCUCCUCCCCUGUGCAGCAGCCGGGGUCUCUCUUCCAGACGGCAGUGAGCGGGACCAUGACCCAGCCGGGCCAAACACAGCAGCCUGGCCUCUUCCUCUUUGGAAUCCAGAACGAGUGUGGCCCGCUGAUAAACUCCCCUGGGCCGAUGCUGUCCGAUCAGCUCAUCGCCAUCAGCCAGUCGGGCCAGAACCAGCGCGACAGUGAUGCCCAGAUACAGUCCCUGCUCAACCAGUCCAUGUCCGAGUCCGGAGGCAUCCAGAACAGCAUGACCGCAUCGCAGAAGAUCGACGACCUGCUGGUCAGCCUUCAGGGGCAAGGCAACAAUCACUCGCGCUCCUAUUAGUAUGGCUGUGGGACGCAGGACCUAAGGCCCGGUCACGGCGGGGAGGUUGAAGAGGUACAGAAGAACCGGGAAAGGUCCUGUGCCCACAAGCCCCAUCAAGCAGCUCACAACUGUAAAAUUCAUUCCUCGUGUAAGAGUGGCACAGGGGGGCAGUGCCAGCCUUCUGCCAGUCCUGGGGUGGAGCGUGGAGAAAGAGAAACCCUACAUGCGAUCCGAUUCAUUGUUGUGUAGCUGUCCGCCGUUUGGCUAUAGCUGUGAAUGAAACAUAUCACGUGGUGGAAUGUCUGUUAAACACGUCAGUUCUCAGUGCAGCACUCUGCAGUUUUUAGUGGUGUUGCAGCAGUCAAAUACACGGGAGUCCUGAAUUGUGCAGGACCGCUCUGUGUGUAUUCGUAACCGUUUAUAAAGCAUUGUUCUUUUUAAAAAAUAAAACUCUUUGGGGUAAGAAAAGAAAAUAUACAAAUCAAAAGAAGCCUUUGAUAUUUUUCACCUUAUACAUUCAGCACUUUAUAACCCUUUCCUUUGUGACCAGUUACUCCUUAUAUUGACCUAUAGCUUUCUGUGUAUACUCUGUAGUCAGCAAUUUGUUCUUUUUACUAAUUAUUUGGAAGCGUUGAUUGUUAUAUGGAUAUUUUACUCAUGUGUAAUGUAUAUAUUUAUACUAUUUUCUUACUCAUGCAUGUUUUUGAGUCGUGGCUUACAUUUUAUAAAGUUGGAUUCAUGACAUAAAGUACAAAAAAUUAACUCCCUGCUCUACCCCAUUCUUUCCCAAAACUUAAUAAUUAUUACACCAUUAAUUUCUUUCUUGCCCUGGCUCCCCAAUGAUUCAAAAGGAGAUGAAGUCAAGGGAUUAAAUGAUUGAGGAGGAAAAAGCAGACCCAUAUUUAGGUCAUUAAUUUCCAUCAGAAAUGUACAGCAUUCUUUUUAGUGUGAAAGUGCAUUUUUUGUCUGUAUGUGAAUACAGACAUGCAUAUUCAUAACCGUAUGUGUAACGAUAUACGUAACUUUUGUGUGUGUGUAAUGGAAUAAAUUAUUUCCUAAUGUUAUUUGUACUGUUUAAGUACAACUUGUACAUAGUUUGUUUGUAGUCACAUCUCUGUGGUAGAUGUUGUGAUCUUAUGAUGUUCUUUAAAUGUCUGCCACAUUUGUGCUGGGCACAUGAAUUGGUAUCAGAUCAGAAAGCUUUCCAGCCCCUUGUGUUACCAGUGGGACAUUCAGAAGACAGCCUAGUUUCCUAAAGGCAAUGUUGCAUUCGUUGCCUCUUUGAUUUUUACAUUGUUAUCAGUCUUUCUUGCUCUGCUUCGUGGUGCUAACUGCAGGAGGGAUGGAGACGUGUGUGUUUCAGACAUUCAUGUUCAUAUUUAAAUUAAUAUUCUUAUAUUGGUUAAAAUUAAAUCCCUAAUACUAACUCCUUCUACCAUGGGUCAAUAAAGGAGACUGAUCGUCUUUGGGGUCUGAGGCCAUGUCUCUAGGAUCAUAACUCUUUUUAGUUAUGAUCUAAAAACAGUCAGUUUGCAGUGCAAAUUCCAAAUGGAUAUAGUAAGUGGAUGUCAGUUGGUGGUUGUUGGUUGAGGCUUGCAUUGUUUGGAGAGGGAAAAGUAGUAAAGAUUAUCUGUGCUCUUUUGCUUUGUUUUGCGUAAGUAACUGUAAUUCUCAAUGUCAAAUGGAGAGUGAAGCUUUGCUCUGCUAGAGAGUUGAUACCUGACUGGAAAGGAGGCAGAACUGGUUGUGCUGUUUAUAGAAAGUGUGCUGUUGAGUGUUCACUAAACCAAGGGGCUUGUCUCUAUAUUUGCAACCAGAGGAAUAGCUCAGUGAAGCCUAUUUUGGAUGUUUUUGUGGUGUUUUCUGUCACCAUUUUUGUUACUCUUUUUUAAAAAACUUAUAUUAUUAUCAUUACCUUUAUUAAUUUAGCAAACAACCGUUGUUGAUGGACAGUGUAUGUUUGACCUCUGGGCUGGUGAAGGUGAUUGGAGAGGGCCAUAUAGUCCUCUAUUGUCCUGACCUCAGUGUUCAAACAGUGUUCUUUCAGUUGUUUAAAGGGACCUAGCGCAGAAGGAUGAGCCACAAACAUACACUGGAGAAAAGAGCUGUCUAUUUAGUCACCUUCAACUCAAAUACUGAUGCUUUUUCCGUAUGUCACGGUUAUGUGUGUGUGUGUGUGUGUUUUUUUUUGUGAUAUUUUAGAGUAAUUGUACUAUCAUUUUUUUACUGGUUUAGUUUUUAGACAAUUUCCCAUCUCCAUUAAUCAUAUCUAAUUUAUGUUUAAAACAUUAGCAUUGUAUGUAUAACCUUCAUGCUGUAUAGUUUACCGGUUGUUCAUGGUUGGUUUUCAGUACUCUGUUCUGGUCUCUUUUUUUCACAAUUGCUUCUUUCUUCCCUGCUGAACCUGUACUUGGGUGUGGUGUUAACAUGUGAAAUGUCAGCAUGUUUAGCACAUUUUCUCUUUGUAGAUUAAGCGGCAAAGUAGACAAAUUCCACUUUAUUUGGAAACUUAAGAGUUAAAUGUACCAUGUACAAAAUUAUAUAGACACAGAUGUUGUAGUUUCUCCAUUUAAUAUACUGUUGUUCAAAUGCCUGGCUAAAAUCAGUUGUACGGUAUUUUGUCCAAAGCUGACAGUAACAGUCCUGAGAUUGAUGUUUUAAUCAAGACUGACCCUCUACUGUCACAUCUUGAAUUAUUAAAUCAUCAUCUAAACUAAAAAAAAGCACAGAAGGUUCAAGGACAGUAAUGCCAAACACAAAGCCAUAUAAACAGGAAAAAAAUAAUCCAACAACUCUGAUUUCAGAGUGUAAUUUAGAAGAAAAAAAGUGUACAUUACCUCAUGCAGUGUGAGUAGCAUUGUGGCUACUACAUCUGACAUCGGACCAAUUGAACUGAUAUUGACAUUCUUUAUAUUUAUAUAUUUUUGGCAGCAGCUAAAUGAAGUCUUUUUGAUGUGUCAUAAAUACCCAACUCUUUGUUAAACAUCAUAUUAAGUAAUUAUAUUUCUAAAUUGUCACUUGAUAAAAUUGAGUUGUGCUUUUGAGGGGGCCAAUUUAUUCUUUGCUGGGGCACAGAUUUUGUUUUGCCUUCACGGCCACACCAUGUUAAGACUGAUGUAAACAUUAACACAAGUAAAAGUGUAGUGUUCAACUUACACACACACACACACACACACACACACACGUGUGUACAUAUAUAAUAUAUAUACAAUUAUAUUAUGUCAUCUGGAUCAGAUGCCAACUUUAUUCCAGGGGUAUCUGUCAUUACCGUAUCCUUUUUUCUCUUUCUUUUUUUUUUUUUUGAAGGAAAUACAUGUGCCUUGACAAAUAUUGUAUUUAUAAUAGGAAUCAGAUUCCUGUACCGUUGCUGCCUAUUUCAAUUCACCAGUGGUACAGUUAGUCAGUGGAUGUCCUUAGUUCAUGAAUGACUAAUAAGCCCUCAGUCUUCUAAACAAAUUAGGUUCUCUUUCUAUCUUUCUCUCUCUUGCUCUCUCUCUCUCUCAAAAAUGUCCAAAAAUCUAAUGACCAGAUAAAUGUACUUUUGUAAAUUUUUCAUGCUUAUUUUGUAGUCAACCAUUUGUAAGCAUAUGUGUUGCAAGACUGACUGUAAGUGCAUUUUAAGUCUUGUCUCAAACCGCUAUGAAGCAUGACCCACCUACAUAUCUGUUACCAUUUUUCCCCUGUUUAGUCAUUUGUAAGACUUCACUAUGAGGGAAAGGGAAAAUGAUAGAUAAACGUUAAUGAACGGUAACUUAAAAGGCUUCCUCCAGGGGAGCAGCUGUAUCAUGUUCUGAAAGUGCUAUCUUCACUUCGUGAAGAUGGACUUCUCUGCUUUCUAAACACACCACCAGCAUUCUGUCUUCUUGUUUUUAAACAUCUUUUUAAAAAGUAUUAUCAGUCAGUCAUUUGGUCAAUUGGUUUGCACACUAUUGUCAUUGUGUGUUCCUUUUCCUGUCUGGCUGUUGUUUGAUGUGAAAGCUUGCUUUAUUACCAGUACACGUGCCCUUUAUUUCUGGGCUUCAGUAAUUGACAAAUAGCACUGACGUGGGGUGGGUCGAGGGAGCCUAUGUGUUUUUAGCUACCAUGUGAACAACUUGUUAAAUAUUAAAUUUGAAAUAUAUAUGUAUUUUGCUUUUGUUGGGGCAUUUGUAUAAUCUUGCAAUAUAUUUCUGUAAACUCGCUGCUAUCUAUAUCAAUAAAAAUAGAUUUUAA